UCUACAUCCAAUGUGGAGUUUGAAAUCAUGACCCUGAGAUGAAGAGUUGCAUGCUCUACUGACUGAGCCAGCCAGAUGCCCCAUCACCAAGUAAUUAUUGACAUUUUUCAGAAGAGGAAGCUGAGGUUCUGAGAAGUGAAGUGAUUUUGCAUAAGAAACGCCCAGUUAUUGAGGGGCACAGCCAUGAAAUGAAGUCUCCCAAGCCAUGUUCCAUUGGUUAGAUUAGGUAAACACCCCUGCUGCAGCCACAGGCCGUGGUGGGAAAUAUUCAAGACAAUAAUGGAUUUGCAAAGUGCUUUGCAAACUACAAACAUCAGCACUCCUGGCUUCCAUCUACUGAGUACCUCCAUGUGUCAGAUGCUUAGCACAUAUUAUCACACCAAAGUCUCAGAACAACUGCCCCAAGGAGGUAUAUUUUCCAGUAUUUCCACUUUGCAGAUGAGGAAAUGGGCUCAGAGAGAAGUGGUUUGUCUAAGGUACACAGUGACAGCUGAGAUUUGAAUUCUGGGUGGUCUUGUGUAAGAAAAUUAAAAGCUGGGGCCUCAAGGCCUUAACUUGAGAAACAUUUACUCUUCCAAAGAUGGACACCCAGGUGCUUCUAAUAUCCCUCACCCCCACUGCAAAUACCUCUGAGCUAAACAUCACUGCGCCUAUGCCCUUACAGAGCUGAACAUAUUUGGAAUAUGAUCAUCCUAAGACCAGAAUUAUGAAGUCAAAGGGUUGUCAAUACUUUGCCCAACUUCAGGUCUCACAUAUGCUCUCCGUGUGUCUGGCUCCUCUCUCCCUUCCCUGGGAUAGGCCCACAUCCCCAUGUAAGGCCCACUCUGCCCCUCCUAGGAGCUAGGAGUAAGAGCCCACCACUGUCUAGAGCCAUUGGAGAGGAGGAAUGUCCUCCUAGACUUGAGAGUUUAAGACCAAAAUAGCCUGCGCCCAGUCCCACGUCUGCUGUUGCCCUGUUUAUAGAAAACCAGAAGCCUAUGGAAUGUGAAGAUUGCACAGUGAAGUCUUCAAGAAUGUCUGGGCCAUGUGGCAUCAAGGAAACACCCGGUGAAAUCACUCAAGUCUUAAGACCCCCUUCUUGGGACCAUGCCAUGGGCCCCUUAGCCUGCCCCAGGCUCCGCAGCUCAGGCCUGGCUCUCACAGUGCUUUCUUUUUUCUGGGUCUGUCUGCCUCACAGAUCUAUGGGGAAUAUCAGAUGACAACGUGGUUGUGACUUGUAAACUAUAAAGUACUGGGCUUAACUGAGGAGCUAUUAUAGUGACUCUAAGUGUUGACAAUCCUGGGGUGAGAAGUAGGCUUCUGGGAGCUAAGUCUAUAUAGAUACAAUUGGUCCAUGCCUCCCCAUAAACUGUUGGUAAGAGCUAUUUUCAAAUCCUGCCUCUGCCACAGCUAUUGCUGGGACUUUAGGGAGCUGAUUUAACUUCCCUGAACCUCAGGGUUUUUUUUUUAACUGUAAAAAUGGGACAAAAUUGUAUCUACCUCAUUGCACGAAGGUUCCAAGAGAUGGUGUGACCAAUUUGGAAAACAGUUUGCCAGUUCCUCCCUCAGAAGAUUAACAGGUUACCAUAUAACCUAGAAAUUCCCACUCCUAGGUAUUUACCCAAGAAAAACAAAAAUGUAUGUCCAUACAAAAGCUUGUACCUGACCAUCACUGGCAAAUGGAUAAACAAAUGUAGUAUUGCAUUUGGUGCAAUAUUAUUCAGGCACAGAAAGGAGUGAAGUACUGAUAACAUGCUACAACAUGGAUGAACCUUGAAAACAUGCUGAAUGAAAGAAGCCAGACACAAAGGCCACGUUGUAUGAUUCCAUUUCUAUGAAAUGUCCAGAAAGGGCAAAUCUUUAGAAACAGAAAGCAGACUUGUGGUUGCCAGAGACUAGGGGAGGAAGGAUGGUGAGUGACUGCUAAUGGAUAGGAAUUUGGGGGGUGAUGAAAAUGUUCUAAAAUUAGGUUGUGGUGAUAGUUGCACAACUCCACAAAUAUGCUUAAAACGAUUGAACUAUACACUUUAAACUGGUGAUUUUUAUGGUAGGUUAGUUAUGUCUCAAUAAAGCUGCUGGGAAAAAGAUUACAAGAGGAAGGUAGAACUUGGGGCAAUGAGUGUCUCAAUAAACGUUGGUCAUUACUCUUAUUAACUGGGUCUCCCAAGGGCUCAUUUAAAGCCCUAGAGGCAGUGAGCAGAGGUUGCUGAACUUCUAGCUCAGCCUGUGUCUUUAAGAAGUUGAGUGUCCCUGGGCGAAUCCCUGGACCCUUCCUAGGUCUCAGAGGUCCUCAUAAACGGUUGAAACCAUCCCUACCUACAUCCCUGGGGUCUCGCGAGGAGCCAGGGGCUCAGGAGGCAAUGCGGAAUCCCCAGCGCACUCCCGCAGCCUGUGACUGAGCGGCGCUUGCAGGUGACGGGCGGGCGGGAGCCAACCGAGAAAGGCCCGAGGAGCUUUUUCAGGUAAGCUCUCUUGAUUGACAGCCCGGGGGGGAGGGCUCCCAGUGACGGCUGCCCCGCCCCCUCACGUCGGGUCGGUUGGCGCCAGUCUAGGGCAGGUGGGCGGGCCCUGGGGUCCGCUGCGCCCAUUGGGCGUGGGGGGAAGCUCCCGGGAGGGCCUAGGGCCCCGCCCCUGGCCUUGCGGCGGCCAAUGGACGCGGCGCGUGGGCGGGGCGUCGGCGGCGUCGGCGGCGGCCCUGAGACUGAGGCGGCUGAGGUGGCUGAGGUGGCCGCUGGGGCUGAGGCGGCGGGCGCGGCCAGGAUGGCGAAGAGCCGCGGAGAGAACGGGCCGCGCGCGCCCGCGGCCGAAGGAAGUCUGUCCGGGACCCGGGAGAGCCUGGCCCCGGGCCCCGACGCCGCAGCCGCGGACGAGCUCAGCUCUCUCGGCUCCGACUCGGAGGCCAACGGCUUCGCCGAACGCCGCAUCGACAAGUUCGGCUUCAUCGUGGGCUCGCAAGGCGCGGAGGGCGCGCUAGAGGAAGUCCCCCUGGAGGUGCUGAGGCAGAGGGAGUCCAAGUGGCUGGACAUGCUCAACAACUGGGACAAAUGGAUGGCCAAGAAGCACAAAAAGAUCCGUCUGCGGUGCCAGAAGGGCAUCCCACCUUCUCUGCGGGGCCGUGCUUGGCAGUACUUGUCAGGAGGCAAGGUGAAGCUACAGCAGAACCCUGGAAAGUUUGACGAGCUGGACAUGUCCCCUGGGGACCCCAAGUGGCUAGAUGUGAUUGAGCGUGACCUGCACCGGCAGUUCCCUUUCCAUGAGAUGUUUGUGUCCCGGGGAGGCCAUGGCCAGCAGGACCUAUUCCGUGUGCUGAAGGCCUACACCCUAUACCGACCUGAGGAGGGAUACUGCCAGGCCCAGGCGCCCAUUGCUGCUGUUCUGCUCAUGCACAUGCCUGCUGAGCAAGCCUUCUGGUGCCUGGUGCAGAUCUGUGAGAAGUACCUGCCUGGCUACUACAGUGAGAAACUGGAGGCGAUCCAACUGGAUGGGGAGAUCCUCUUCUCACUGCUGCAGAAGGUGUCACCCGUGGCCCACAAGCACCUCAGCAGGCAGAAGAUCGACCCACUGCUGUACAUGACAGAGUGGUUCAUGUGUGCCUUUGCCCGCACCCUGCCCUGGAGCUCUGUGUUGCGCGUCUGGGAUAUGUUCUUUUGCGAAGGAGUCAAGAUCAUCUUCCGUGUGGGACUGGUGCUGCUGAAACAUGCACUGGGCUCCCCUGAAAAGCUCAAAGCCUGCCAGGGCCAGUAUGAGACUAUCGAGCAGCUGCGGAGUCUUAGCCCCAAAAUCAUGCAGGAGGCCUUCCUGGUCCAGGAGGUGGUAGAGUUGCCAGUGACAGAGCGCCAGAUUGAACGUGAGCACCUCAUUCAGCUGCGGCGCUGGCAAGAGACCCGGGGUGAGCUGCAGUGCUGUUCCCCGCCCAGGCUGCAUGGUGCCAAGGCCAUCCUGGAGGCGGAGCCAGGCCCCCGGCCCACACUGCAACCCUCACCAUCCAUCCGCCUGCCCCCGGAUGCCCCCCUCCCUGGCUCCAAAGGCAAGCCCAAGCCACCCAAACAGAGCCAGAAGGAGAAGGAGCAGUGGAAGCAGGCAAAGGCAAGUGGGCAGCUGGACAAGCCCCCAAUCCCAAGUCAAGCCAAGGUGGCAGCUGCUGCAGGAGAUGCAUGUCCCCCACAGGAUGUACCCCCAAAGGAUCCAGCCCACCAGGACUCAGCCCCGCAGGACUCAGCUCCCCAGGAUUCAGCCCACCACCACUCCCAGGAUUCAGCCCACCACCAUUCCCAGGAGAGCCUGACGUCCCAGGAGAGUGAGGACACCUACUUGUAACCCUGGCAGCUCAGGCCUGUGGCGUGGGGUCUCCACAUACCUACACGGUUCAUGAACUGACAUUUGAGGGCCAGCCCACGCAUUGAGGGCCCAGCUGCCUGGCCACUGGGUGGCAGAGAGUCUGGCUGGCCCAGCACAGAUUCUGCCUGAGCCUCCUUAUUUAUUUUCUCCAGAGUGGAGCUUGGGCCAGCCCAGCUGGGACAGGCAGAAGUGAGGACCCAUGGGUGGUGCCUCACUCAGCCCCCUCCUCCUGGGGGGAUGCUCCCCAGGGCUAGGGUGCUGUUGUGAGGAGAGAGGGUGGGGUAAAGGGUGGGGUGCUGUUUGUGUAAAAUAGAAAAAUGAUUUUGUACAGAAAUAAACAGGCUUGUGUAGAGAGUUGCUGUGCAACUAGGGACUGGGAA